GCCUUUUUCUCUUGAACUCUCUCGAGACGAGCGCCUCCUCCAUCGCAGCUCAAGCUCAAUCUCGCCGUCGACUUCGAUCGGUCGCGCCUUCCCCAUGGCCCUCGCCAGCCACUUCCUCGCAGCUCCGGCCGAGACCUCGUUCUUCCCCAGGGUCUCGGCGCCCUCGCAGCCUCCUUCGUGCUCCGGCGCGGAUUCUCCGUCGUCGGCUCGCGAUUCGUCGGCUCGCUCGUCCCCGAUGAAUCGGCGGAUUUCUCUGCGUCGGAGCGCCGGACCUCGCAGGCUUGAACACACAGUUAAGGCAGCGCCUCAACAAUCUGAAGUUAAUACAGCUGCAGAAGCCUUCAACAAUUUCAAGCACCUACUUCUGCCAAUCACGGAUCGAAAUCCUUACCUUUCUGAAGGAACGAGACAGGCUGUAGCAACUACUGCAGCUUUGGCAAAGAAGUAUGGAGCUGAUAUCACUGUUGUGGUUAUUGACAAAAAGCAGAAGGAAACAUUGCCGGAGCAUGAGACCCAACUAUCUAGCAUCCGUUGGCAUCUGUCAGAAGGUGGGUUCCAAGAAUAUAAGUUGCUAGAACGUCUUGGAGAAGGGAACAAACCAACUGCUAUUAUUGGUGAGGUCGCUGAUGAUCUAAACUUGGAUUUGGUUAUUCUCAGCAUGGAAGCCAUCCAUUCUAAGCACGUGGAUGCAAACUUGUUAGCUGAGUUCAUUCCAUGUCCUGUCAUUCUUCUACCAUUGUAAAUGUCACUUUGCAAAUAACAGUAAGAUAGUAGUGUAACUUAAUCCUCGAAUGACACUUUUGAUUGGACAAGGGGUGCCUCGAUAAUUUUCCUUCUAUUCUUUA